ACGCGUUUUCGCGAUUUGUGCUGCUCAGCAGCAUUUACUUUUACAAAAUUGCACAAUUUCACGUAUUUCGGUGAUUCAUUUCGUGACUUUCUUGCAGCGAGUUCCUUCCACAAAUACAUUAUGGACGGAGACAGCCGGCAGCUGAUUAGCGAUUGCUUCCUACGCACCGUCGUGGAUCCCCGGUCGACGAAUGCACCGCUGGACCCCCCUCCGACGAAGGCACCCGUCAAGGUGGAGCUUCAGGUGCUUCGGCUGAAGGAGGACUCGCAGACGCUGGUGAUGGACACGCUGCGGUCGAUCCACGGGGAUGCGUUUCAGCUGGGGGACAUUUCGCUGUACGAGGAUAAAGGGGGCCGGAUGAAGAAGGCCUACUGGCAGGACCGGGGGAAUUUGGUGAUUCAGGGCGGGUGCGAUUACUCGGACGUGCGGAAGACGGGAUCGUCGUCGGAGGACAAGUUCCGGAUGUACGCGCUGCUGAAGCUGGAGAGUUAUGGCUUUGCGAAGGCUCACUGCGAGGAGGCGUUGGACCACUGCGAGGGGGACAUUGAUGGGGCGGUUGGGUUGCUGUUUGAGAAGUACUUUCCACCGCCGGUGGAUUUGGAGCGCGUGCCGGAGUGUGAUGUGGAGGGGGAGGAGCUGGAGCAGAUGAGGAACGAUGAGAGGGAAGCGCUGGAGUCGAUUUAUGACACGUCGUUUGUGGAGAAGGAACGGAACCGGGUGUGGCAGUUGAAGUUUAAGAUUGACCACCUGUUGGCGCACAGUCCGUCGGAGGUGCGGAAGAUGGAGCAGAAGCGGAAGCAGCAGGAAGAGGAGGAUAGGCGGAAGUUUUUGGCGGCGAAGGAGAAGCAGAAGAAGGCGAAGAAGGAACCGUGUUGGAAUUUUGCGAAGGGGAAGUGCAGGUACGGGAAUCGGUGUUACUACUCGCAUGGAGUGGGGGUGGAGGAGGAUAGUGGAUCCAAGGAGAGAAAGGAAAAAGUUGAGGAGGAUCCGAAUUGGUUUUAUUUGGAAAUACGGUUUCCAAAAGAGAGCAAGUAUCCGUACGAAGCGCCGUUGAUAUUUCUUAAAACGACCUGUGCCGACAUCCCGGCGCAGUUGCUUUUGCGCGUGGCACGCGCCCUGGUGCAAGAAUCGAUCAAAAUUACUCAGGACGGCAUGCCGUGCGUGUACUCGACGGCGGAACUGCUCCAGAAUGACGAAGAAAUCGCUCGAUUUGUUGAGCUUGAUCGGUAUCAAUUUCCAGAUCCUCGACGGUCACUGUUCUACACGCCGGAAGUGGACGCCAUGAACAACGUCAAGAUUGAAGACCUCCCCAGCCACAAUCAGAUGGGCGCGACGAAGCGAAAUACCGGUCCGAAGGUCAACCCGGAGCAGCUCCGUCGAGAAGACCUGAACAUCAUCAAGAAGUUCCUCGACAAGCAGAACAACGCCACGUACAAGGAAAUGCUGCGCGGCCGGAAGCAACUUCCGGCGUGGAGUAAAAUGUCCGAAAUCAUCCACGCCCUCGAGAUGCACUCGAUCCUCGUCAUCAGCGGUGAAACGGGUUGCGGCAAGUCCACCCAGGUUCCGCAGUUCAUCCUGGACAAUUGGCUGCUGCAGUCGUCCCAGCUGGACAACGGCAACGGGUCGGUGCCGCACGUGGAGAUCAUCUGCACCCAGCCGCGCCGGAUAUCGGCCAUCGGAGUGGCGGAACGAGUCGCGGAGGAGCGCGCCGAACGGAUCGGGAACACGGUCGGCUAUCAGAUUCGGUUGGAGAACAAGAUUUCCGCGGCGACGCGGCUCACCUUCUGCACGACGGGGAUUUUGCUGCGGAGACUGCAGUCGGAACCGACGCUGGCCAACGUGACGCACAUCAUCGUGGACGAGGUGCACGAACGGUCGGAAGAGUCGGACUUUUUGCUGCUGAUUUUGAAGCAGCUGCUUGAGAAGCGGCCGGAUUUGAAGGUGAUUCUCAUGUCGGCGACGCUGAACUCGAACCUGUUUUCCUCGUACUUUGGGGACAUUCCGGUGCUGGAGAUUCCCGGUCGGACGUUCCCCGUUGAGCAGCUCUUUUUGGAGGACAUUUUGGAGCGAAGCGGGUUUGUGAUGGAACCGGACUCGCAGUUUUGCCGGAAGUUGCGCAAAGGGGAAGAGGAGCAGCUGCUGCAGGAACUGGAGUACGCGGACGUGAAGGCGGCCCAGGCCGCUCCGGCCAAGAGCAUCAAGGAUGAAAACUUGAAGAUGGCGGACAUAUUCGCCCGGUAUUCGGACUACUCUCCGAAGACCUGCAAAACGCUUUAUUUGAUGGAUCCGCUGCGAAUCAACCCGGAGUUGAUCGAGCACGUGCUCUCAUUCAUCGUGGACGGUUCCGCCGGGCACGGCUGGCCCCAGGAGGGAACAAUUCUCAUCUUCCUGCCUGGUUUAGCCGAGAUUCAAACCAUUCACGAAGCACUGACCGACAGUCGUCAGUUUGGACCACGUGGUGAGGGCAAGUACGUGCUUGUCCCACUCCACUCAACCCUGACCAACGAAGAACAGGCGCUGGUGUUCAAGGAAGCCCCCAAGGGCAAGCGAAAAAUCGUACUCAGCACCAACAUCGCCGAAACCUCGGUCACCAUCGACGAUUGCGUCUUCGUGCUGGACUGUGGCCAGAUGAAGGAGAAGCGGUUCGACUCAAACCGCAACAUGGAAUCGCUCGAAGUCGUGUGGGUUUCGCGGGCGAACGCACUCCAACGGAAAGGUCGAGCAGGUCGUGUGAUGGCCGGAGUUUGCAUCCACCUCUACACGCGGCCUCGCUUCACCAACCACAUUUUAGGCCAACCCGUGCCGGAGAUUCAUCGAAUCCCACUCGAACCACUUUUGCUACGGAUCAAGACGCUGGAAACCCUCAAAGACAAAUCGCUGAAAGACGUCCUCAUGGCCACGAUCGAACCGCCCAGCGUGGAAAACAUUGACGCCGCCAAGAAGCGCCUCGUUGACGUCGGAGCGUUCGACCUCCACGAACAACUGACCCCCCUCGGCCACCACCUCGCCACCCUCCCCGUCGACGUCCGAAUAGGCAAGCUGAUGCUGUUCGGCGCCAUCUUCCAAUGCCUCGACAGCGUCCUCACCAUCGCCGCCUGCCUCAGCUACAAAUCCCCCUUCGUGGCGCCCUUCUCCAAACGGGACGAAGCGGACGCCCGCAAGCGUCAAUUCGCCAUCGCCAACAGCGACCACCUCACCAUGCUAAACGCGUACCGCAAAUACAAAGAAACCACCAAACGAAGUCGCUACGCCGCCCAAUGCUACGCCGAGGAGAACUUCCUCUCCACCCGAACCCUCCACACCAUCGGCGAAAUGAAGUACCAAUUCCUCGAGCUGCUCGUCUCCAUCGGCUUCGUCCCCGUCGACCUAACCAACCGGCGCGGAAAAUUCGUCAAAGACGACCUCGCCGAACUCACCGGCACCACCAUCAACGCCAACGGCGACAACAACCGCCUCCUCUCCGCCAUCCUCUGCGCCGCCCUCUACCCGAACGUCAUCAAGGUCCUCACCCCGGAAAAGUCCUUCGUCGGGGGCGCCAGCGGCGCCGUCCCCAAACUCCCCGCACCCUCCGACCUCCGCUUCAAAACCCAGCAGGACGGCUACGUGAACCUGCACCCGUCCUCGAUCAACUCCUCCUGCGGACACUUUCCCUCGCCCUACCUCGUGUACCAGGAAAAGGUCAAAACCUCGCGGAUAUUCAUCCGGGAAACGACCAUGGUCCCGCAGCUACCGUUGGUACUGUUCUCCGGCAGUGACCUGCGCAUCGAGCUGCACGGCGGCGACUUUGUCAUUCUCCUAGAGGACGGGUGGAUCGCGCUGCAAGCGGAAACCCACCAGGUGGCAGAAAUGAUGAAGUUCCUGCGGCUCGAGCUGGCGAAAAUGCUGGAGCUGAAGAUUGCCGAUCCGCUGCUGAAUUUGGCCAACCACGAGCAUGGGAGGAAGGUGAUCGGGACGAUCGUGCAGUUGAUUACGAAGGAGUAGGAGUGUGGAAGAGUGUGGAUUGUUAAGUGUUGGUGGGUGGGUGUGCCGCUGUAACCAAGUUACAUUUGUGGAGAACGCCCGCGUGUAUUGGAACUUGUUGUACUAUUACUGUCUAUUUGAAGUAAAAAAAAGAAAUAUAUUUAAUGGUCCGUAUUUAGAGAAGAAUGUUUAUAGACAAAAGAAA